CAUGAAUGGGGUCAUGAAGGGCAGGUUCAGUUAGGCUGGUACAGUUGUUCGCAAAUAGAAAAGUGGCCAUUUCUUUGGAAUCCCUGGCUUCUGUUCCCCUGCUUGGUUUCUUUUGCCUGCUUGAAACUUUUCUUCUUGGAUUUGUGUAACUAACUCUCAAUGACUUAUGGAAUCUGUAAAGUUUUGACCUCCACCACCAGGCUACUGUUGAGUGUUUUGGGCUUCAAUGCCCUUUUUAUUUGUUAAUGAGUGGUCGGACUAAGUUUCAGCAACUGCUCGGAAAAAAUGAACUGGAGGCUAAAGAAGCUUGUAAUUGGCUGCGGGCAGCUGGAUUUCCGCAAUAUGCCCAGCUCUAUGAAGCGGGACUGCUUCCGUUAGACAUCUCCUCUGUGAAAAAAGACCAUGAGUUUCUGGACCAGGAUUCACUGAAGUCACUAUGCAGGAGGCUGUCAACCUUGAACAAGUGUGCCUCCAUGAGACUGGAGGUCCAUUUUCAGUGCAAACAGAGUGAAGACUCCGAGGAGGAUGACCUAUGUGCCAUCAGUGACCGCUGGGCAUUCCAGCGAGAGAGUAAAACAUGGUCCCGACUGCGUAACUUCUCCCAACACAUCUCCCCCAGCGUGGAGGUCCUUUCCUCCACCACCCUGCGCCCCUUGAGGGCCUCGGCCAGUAGUGAGAGCAUCCUGAGUGACUUCAGCAACCUGGAGGUCACCUCCACCCACAGCAGCAGCAGCCUGAGUGUGGAGAGUGCCAGAGGUACCACGUCCAGCACCCCCUCCAGUCAGGUCACCAGCAUGGCAGAGCCCUACACCCUUACCUCCCACCAUGACUCCCAUGAUUCCCACUCUCCCAAUGGAUCCGCCUGUGAGGGCCAGCCUGUGUCUCCCAAAAACCUGGUUACUGUUCCUGUCAGCAGAGAGAAGACCAAGAGGUGUUCCAAUACCUUCCUGAAGAGAAUGGAGUCGAUCAAGAGAAAGGAUAAAGAGAGGGAAGUGACAGAUGGCCAAGUUGUGACCUCUCCGCUGCAGUUCCCUCUAACCCCUGGCAGUUUGCAUUGCACUUCCAAUGAAAGUCUACCUGGUUUAAAAAAUAACACUACAGAAAAGAGCAGUGUAAAUUACAGCAGAAAGGCCCAUACUAUCUGUCGUACAGGCCAUAGGUCCCCAGUAGUGGACAGAGCUAAUGCGAAGAACAGUUGGCUCUAUCUAGAGGACUAUGACAUGGUAGGGUGGAAGGGGGCUAAACAGGUUAGUCAGAAGAGUGGCUAUAAAAAUGGACUAGAUUGUCUGGUUCAUCUGCCAGUGGACCACAAGCCAGGCACGUUCCCCAAGUCCCUAUCCAUCGAGAGCCUGUGCACUACUUCCACUUCUCACGAGCUGCGUGAAUGGCAGAUGGAGGACGUCAACCUCUCCCUGGGCAGCAGUCAUGAGUCCCAGGAAUUCAACAUGUUUCCUAGAAGAAGAAACUCGUGUUCCUCAGUGGGGAGCAUCUAUGACAAUGUGCAUGAGGCUAGUGGCAGUUCAGAUGAGUUGAGAGAAAAGGUCUUUGAGCACCUGGAUGAUAUCCUUCAACAUGUCCAUGGCCUUCAGCAGAAUAUAGACCAGUGGUCCAAGAAGGUGUGCCAGGAGCUCAGUGACAGGCAUGAGGAGGAGGAGGAGGACACUGACGAGACCAGAGAAACAACGUUCUCCUCCAGCCUCCAUUUUGAGGAGCAGUCUAUGUCAGAUGUAGGCACGAUGGCCAGUGACUACGACAGCACAGGAAACUCUUUGAAUGAGGUGGAGGAUGUUGAGACAAGAGAACGAAGGGACUCAGGAGUGGGUGCUUCCUUAACCAGGCCAAGCAGGAAGCUACGGUGGCAUAGUUUCCAGAACUCCCACAGGCCGAGCCUGACUUCAGCCUCCCAGGAAAUUAACCGUCAGUCAGCCGCUCAGCUUAACCUGCUGCAAAAGUUCUCUCUGCUCCGGCUCACUGCUAUAAUGGAGAAGUACUGCGAACCCAACAAACAUGGCUGGAGCUGGUCUAUUCCUAAAUUUAUGAAGAGGAGUAAGGUCCCUGACUACAGGGACAAACAGGUUUUUGGUGUCCCGCCAAUCAUCAAUGUCCAAAGGAGUGGGCAACCCCUACCCCAGAGCAUCCAGCAGGCCAUGCGCUACCUCCGCAGCCAAUGUCUGGAAAAGGUUGGCAUUUUCCGUAAGUCUGGGGUGAAGUCUCGGAUCCAGACUCUGCGGCAGCUGAAUGAAAAUUCCCCAGACCACGUGAGCUACCAGGGCCAAUCAGCCUACGAUGUGGCCGACCUGCUGAAACAGUACUUCAGAGACCUGCCUGAGCCUGUCCUCACCACCAAACUCACUGAAACCUUCCUGCAGAUCUACCAGUGUGUCCCUAAGGACAUGCGUCUUCAGGCGGCCCAGGCUGCAGUCAUCCUUCUGCCUGACGAGAACCGGGAGGUACUGCAGACCUUGCUCUACUUCCUCAGUGACAUCGCCUCUGCUGAGGAGAACCAGAUGACAGCUGGGAACCUGGCUGUGUGCCUGGCCCCCUCCAUCCUGCACCUCAACAUCUCCAAGAAAGAGGGCACCUCCCCCAGAUUAAUCCACCGAAGGGGGGCAGGGGGAAAACCCGACCACAAGGACCUGAGUGAGAACAUGGCUGCCACUCAAGGACUCAGCCACAUGAUUGUGGAGUGCAAGAAAUUAUUCCAGAUCCCUCAUGAGAUGAUGUUGCAGUCGCGGAACUCCUAUGUCGCAGCAGAUGCCCAGCCACUCCCUCUCCACGGCUUGGGGCUGAACAUGAAGGGCGAGCCUGUGGAUUACAGAGCCUACCUGGAGGAUAAUAUCCAGGCUCUACUGCGGGAGUCCACAGAGAAGAGCAAAGGAUGGCACAGCGCCCAGGGCCCAGAAAACACAGAGCUGACAUACAAGAAGGUAGGGGACGGCCAUCCCAUCCGUCUUUGGAAAGUGACCACUGAGAUCGAGGCCCCGCCCCAGACAGUGUUGCACAGAGUUCUGCGUGAGCGCCACCUGUGGGAUGACGACCUGCUCCACAGCCGUGUAAUCGAGGCUCUAGAGAACAACACAGAGGUGUAUCACUAUGUGACAGACAGCAUGGCACCUCAUCCCCGCAGGGACUUCGUAGUGCUGAGGCGGUGGUGUAGUGACCUUCCUCAGGGCCUGUGUCUGCUAGUGUCCUCCUCUGUGGACCAUGACAAUGUGCACCUGGAGGCAGGGCUACGGGCAGUGCUGCUUACCUCACGGGUCCUGAUUGAGCCCUCAGGGAUGGGCCGGUCCAGGCUGACGCAUUACUGCAGAGCAGACCUCAGGGGACGAUCACCUGAGUGGUACAACAAAGUGUUUGGCCAUCUCUGUGCGGUGGAGGUUGCUAGGAUACGGGGCUCCUUCCCUGUGCUGACAGCGAAGGGAACCGAGACAAAGCUUUGAACUUUGAGACGGACCGCCGGUCCACCUGAGACGUGCUGCCUACAGCUCACAAUGACUCAAAUUAAGGGUGCCUAUCUGUAGCAUUACAUUACAUCUGCCUGACAAACUCUCCAGUGUCAUAAACAGGGGACUGUCAGGAUGUGGACUCUCACUCAGAUUGCACUGAUGCCACUGAGGAAAUGGCAGCAAUAUUUACAAAUCUAAACCAGACUAUGCAUUAACUGACCCUAAAACAUUAAAAAGUACUUUGAAUGAAAGAAAAUAGACAGUUUCUUUAUGCAAAAGCCAUUCUUUUGAAAGAUGAGGUUAGAUUAUGAUAACUGUCUUGAUAGCUUUAUGAGUCCCACCACGACACCUGCGCGAUUUGGACUUCUAACCCCUUUUAUACAUCAUGUGUUUGAGCUACAGACUUCUGGGUUGUACUAUUGGAUUCAUCUAUUUCUUCUGCAUCUGUGUGAUUAACGGGGGCUGAGCUAGAGCGGUGUCUGUGAGACGGGCGGAUCCCGAAAGGGCCCGGGGCCCGGUCUUUUUACAAAAUAAGAGAGAGUCCGAAUGGUUUGAGCUACACUAUUAAAAGCUAUCUACAGUGAGGGAAAAAAGUAUUUGAUCCCCUGCUGAUUUUGUACGUUUGCCCACUGACAAAGAA